GGUUUCCUGUUUCUCAGAUUGCUCAUCCCCCUUAGUGAGAGACGCACAAGAGGCAGGAACUACCUCUGUCUCUCUCUCGCUCUCUCACCCGCACAUGGCUGUGCUGCGGUAAACACCUCUUUCUCUCUCUCUCUCUCUCUCUCUCUCCCUCUGUCACUCUCUCUCCAGCUCUCUCUCUCUCACUUUCACACACUGACGGUGAUCAGGACCGACGCCGCACCAGUAGAGCUUUAAUCCGCUCUCCGUCUCCUCCUCACUCUGACGCUCAGGCAUUGUCGGGUCUGAAGGGGCUGUGGAGUCAGCUGUCAGCUGCUCCUCUCUGGUGUUACCCUCUCCCUCUCUCUCACUCUCCCUGGGUCUCCAGCCCAGCUCCGGGGCCACAGGAUGGAGGCUCUAGCUCUCUACACGUUCCGAGCCACGGAGAGCGAUGAGCUCAGCUUUCAGAAGGGGGACAUUCUGAAGAUCACUAACAUGGAGGACGACCCUAACUGGUACACUGCCGAGCUGAUGGGCAGGAGGGGGUACGUCCCCAAGAACUACAUCAACGUGAGACCCCACUCGUGGUUCGCGGGGCGCAUCUCCAGGCACGUGGCCGAGGGGCGACUUCGCCAGCGGGAGUGCGGCGUGUUCCUGGUGCGGGAGAGUGAGAGCGCUCCGGGCGAGUUCUCCAUGUCUGUCAGCAGUUAUGGGGAUCAUGUGCAGCACUUCAAGAUCCUGAAGGACAGAGGGGGUCAGUACUUUGUGUGGGAAGAGGCCUUCAGCUCCCUGAACCAGCUGGUGGAGUUCUACAAGACCAACAGCAUCGCCAAAGAGAGGACAGUAUUCCUGCGGGAAGGGGAACGUUCAUUGGGGAGACCCCACCACGCCCAUGCUCUGUUUGACUUCAAACCCCAGCACCCCACGCAGCUGCACUUCCAUCGCGGUGAUGUCAUUGACCUCCUGGACUGCUCUGACUCCCAGCGCUGGAAGGGCCGUUGCCAUGGCCGCGUGGGCUUCUUCCCGCCAGAAUAUGUCCAGCCCAUCUAUCACUGACCCUACUUUUGAGGCUGGUAGGGGGGAAUGGGGGUCAAAGUAGAGGGCCGAACCCAACAAAGCACCCCCCGUCUCCUGCUUGUUCUGGACUCUCAUCAUAGGUGUGCAGUGGACCAUGUGACCAGCUCUACUACAGCAAAAAUACUGGAAUACAGGAGUUGAAGUAAUGAAGAAACACUGGGACGAGUGAAUGAGACAGAAUGAGGUUUGGAGGCAUAAAGGACAGAGAUGAACGGACUCUUCAAAGUGUCUUCAAAAACCAAUUUGACAUGACAAAGUGUGGACCUCGCAGACAGGAUGAGUUUAGAUUUACCUGCUGCGUCACAGACAGGCACCUAAAAGUUGGCCUCUUCAACAAUGCACAAAGAAACAAAGAAGAAUGGAAACUUAUAACAACUUAUAACAACAGUAAAAAAAGAAUAAAAGAGGGUAACUGUCAAAACUAGCUAAAGACACUAAAGAUUUCACUGAGAUUUGGAGCCAGGGCUGUAUGUUUGUUUGUUACAUUUAUGUGUAAGUUCCUCUGAAAUCCUUUGCUCUGCAAAACACAGAUAUACUGAAGUAUCCCCUUUCAAAUUCUAAAUGGCAAUUAGAUUGUAGACUGGGAUAGUUCACGCUGCAAAAAUAGAAUUAAUUGCAAUAUAUGAAAUCACUUUCACAAUUUUAAUCAAUCUAGCCAUCAGCACCUUUCUUCUUUGUCUGUAUAUCUGAGACAACAAUUUGACUCUUUCAACGUGUAGUGUAUAUAUACGCUAUUAAUACAUUGAUGUACACAUAUGCCAAUUGUUCAUGGCAAACAAAAAACAAAAAAGCAUAUUUUCUCUUUUUCAUGGCAUAGUUAUAAAAUUUCUGAAAUCAUGCUAGCUCCGUAACGUAAAGGAUGCCAAUGUCAAUAUUCUCAGUAAAACAUUACUCUGUACCUACAGUAC